CUCCAUUCCCAUGUGAUUGUCAUUCACCUUCGUUUCAGUACCUGUCUUCUUCCAUCCCUGAUAUUUUUCUUUUCUUUUCCUCCAAACGCUCCAAAACCUCUCCUUUCACUCUCUUUCUAUCUCUCUUUGUCCAUUUCCCCUUUAAUAUCAUAGAACCUCGCAUAUUCUCUCUAUCGGACUGUACCUGAAAAGAAGAAAUAUCUUCCCCUCAAGUUGCUUCUACUCUUUGAUAUUUUUCAGUUUACUAAUCCCUCUCUCCCUGUGCUUUCAUUCCAGACUAUAUUCUUCUUUUCUUUUUUCGCAAGUAUUAUAGUAGCGAUUGUUAGGCAUGGCGGCUACCGCAGAAGCUAAUGGUUCCCCUGCUUAUGACGUUUCUGCUAAAAUCCCUGCCGUGGCACAGCCUCUGGCCGAGGAGCCAGCUGAAAUCGCGUCAAAUAUCAGUUACCACGCUCAGUUCAGCCCUCAUUUCUCUCCUUUCAAGUUCGAGCCGGAGCAAGCGUACUACGCGACGGCCGAGAGCGUUCGCGAUCGUCUUGUACAACAAUGGAAUGAGACCUACCGUCAUUUUCACAAAGUUGAUCCCAAACAGACAUACUACUUAUCAAUGGAGUAUCUCCAAGGACGAGCUUUGACUAAUGCUAUUGGGAAUCUGAACAUUCAAGAUGCAUAUGGUGAUGCUCUGAAAAAGUUGGGGCAUGAACUUGAGGAAAUAGCUGAGCAGGAGAAAGAUGCAGCUCUAGGAAACGGUGGUCUUGGAAGGCUUGCUUCAUGUUUUCUAGACUCAAUGGCAACAUUAAAUUUGCCUGCAUGGGGGUAUGGUUUAAGGUACAAGUAUGGACUAUUCAAGCAGAGGAUCACCAAGGAGGGCCAAGUAGAAAGUGCCGAGGAUUGGCUUGAGAAGUUUAGUCCAUGGGAAGUUGUUAGGCAUGACAUAGUCUAUCCUGUCAGAUUCUUUGGCCACGUGGACGUUACUCCUGAUGGAUCCCGAAAAUGGGUAGGUGGAGAGGUGGUGCAAGCUCUAGCUUACGAUGUGCCAAUUCCAGGAUACAAAACCAAGAAUACUAUUAGUCUUCGUCUCUGGGAAGCAAAAGCUUGUGCUGAGGAUUUCAACCUAUUCCAGUUUAAUGAUGGACAAUAUGAAGCCGCUGCACAGCUUCAUUCUCAAGCUCAACAGAUUUGUGCUGUCCUGUAUCCUGGGGAUGCCACAGAAAAUGGAAAGCUCUUACGGCUGAAGCAACAAUUCUUUCUUUGUAGUGCAUCACUUCAGGACAUUAUAUUCAGAUUUAAGGAGAGGAAACUAGGGAAGGGAUCAUGGCAAUGGUCAGAGUUUCCUAGCAAGGUUGCAGUACAAUUGAAUGAUACUCAUCCUACACUUUCGAUUCCAGAGCUGAUGCGAUUACUAAUGGAUCAUGAAGGACUUGGAUGGGAUGAAGCUUGGGAUGUCACAACAAGGACUAUUGCCUACACCAAUCACACAGUCCUUCCAGAAGCUCUUGAGAAAUGGUCACCAGCUGUGAUGUGGAAGCUUCUUCCUCGCCAUAUGGAGAUCAUAGAAGAAAUUGAUAAGAGAUUCAUUGCAAUGAUACGUAAGACACGAACUGACCUUGAAAGUAAGCUUUCUGGUAUUUGCAUUGUGGAUGAUAAUCCCCAAAAGCCAGUAGUGCGAAUGGCAAAUCUUUGCGUGGUUUCUGCACAUACGGUAAACGGAGUUGCCCAGUUACAUAGUGAUAUCUUGAAGUCUGAGUUAUUUGCAGACUAUGUUUCUAUAUGGCCAAAAAAGUUCCAAAAUAAAACCAAUGGCAUUACUCCUCGUCGAUGGCUUCGAUUUUGCAGUCCUGAGCUCAGUAGCAUAAUAACCAAAAGGUUAAGAUCUGAACAAUGGGUCACCAAGCUUGACCUACUUGCAGGUCUUCAACAGUUUGCCAAUGACGCAGACUUCCAAGAUGAAUGGUUUGCUGCCAAGAUGGCUAAUAAGCAGCGUUUGGCACAGUAUAUAGAACGAGUAACGGGGGAGAGCAUUGACCCACAUAGCCUAUUUGACAUACAAGUCAAGCGCAUCCAUGAAUAUAAAAGACAGCUUCUGAAUAUUCUGGGAGCAAUUUAUAGGUACAAGAAGUUAAAGGAGAUGAGUGCCGAAGAGCGAAAGAACACAACUCCUCGCACCAUCAUGUUCGGGGGAAAGGCAUUUGCAACAUAUACAAAUGCUAAAAGAAUAGUCAAGCUGGUUAAUGAUGUUGGUGCUGUUGUCAACAAUGAUCCCGAUAUAAAUAGAUAUUUGAAGGUAGUUUUUGUUCCAAAUUACAAUGUAUCUGUAGCAGAGAUACUUAUUCCAGGAAGUGAGUUGUCACAGCAUAUUAGUACAGCAGGCAUGGAGGCAAGUGGUACAAGCAACAUGAAAUUUGCACUCAAUGGCUGUCUCAUUAUAGGUACUCUGGAUGGAGCUAAUGUAGAAAUCAGAGAGGAAAUUGGGGAGGAGAACUUUUUCCUCUUUGGUGCAACAGCAGAUGAAGUUCCAAGGCUGCGUAAGAAAAGAGAGAAUGGACUGUUCAAACCAGACCCCCGGUUUGAGGAGGCCAAGCACUUUAUUAGGAGCGGAGCAUUUGGAAGUUAUGACUACAACCCACUCCUCGAGUCGCUAGAGGGAAACACCGGUUAUGGUCGUGGUGAUUAUUUUCUUGUAGGUCACGACUUCCCAAGCUACAUGGAUGCUCAGGCAAAAGUAGAUGAAGCUUACAAGGAUAGGAAAAGGUGGCUAAAGAUGUCUAUACUAAGCACUGCUGGGAGUGGCAAAUUCAGCAGCGACCGGACAAUCGCUCAGUAUGCCAAAGAAAUCUGGAACAUUACGGGAUGCCCCGUACCAUAAAUAAUUUCAUCGACAGCCCCAUCUUGUUCCUGUCUUCUUCAUAUAAUACAACGUAGCAUGAGAAAUAAGCAGCAGCAGAAGGAUGAGAAAUAAAGAAGCACAAAAUAAAUUAAGGUCCCACAUCUAUCAACAAUAGAGACAAAGUCGCUCAGGUGCUUGCUAAUAAAUUUCCACCAUGAUUGUUUUACUUAGAACGGGUAUCCGAAUACACCUAAUUUCCUAUUAUUUAUUGAGAAACCGUGUUAAGGGGUCUGUAAUCUUAUUUUGUUGAUUAACUUCU